AUGGAAAAGACCGUUUUCCGACGUCAAAAACAAAUAAAGUCAGCGUCGGAGCACUGUAGUGUCCCGCUGUGCUCUGUGUCUUCAAGCUACAACUCCUGUGCUAGUUUUCAUUCCUUUCCGGUGAAGGAAGAGAUCAGGAAAAAAUGGAUUUUAAACAUUAGAAGGAUCAACUUCCAAAUCACGAAACACACAAAGGUAUGCAAUGUACAUUUCAAACCAGAUGAUUUUGUGGAAGGAACACGUAGGAGGCGUCUGAAAAAAGAUGCUGUCCCUACAGUAUAUGACUGGAAUCGUGAACGCCAAAUGCAGCUGCCGAGGUUAAGUGUUUGGGAACGACGAGAUCGACCACCGCUACCGGACUCAGAUAUGGAGGAAAACGAAAUGGAAAUUGAUCGUGGACAUGAUUAUUGUUCAGUUCCGGAGCCUGCAGCUCUGGACUCAUCACUAUGUGAAAAUGAGGAGUUGAAGAGAGAGAUAGAAGAUCUGCGGAAACAGCUGGAGCAGGCCAAGGUGAAUAGCCGCUUUGGCCUCCAGAGAUUUGCGGGGUCUGAUGAGGAUAUUCGCUUUUACACAAGAUUUGCAACCUAUAAACACAUGAUGGCCUUCUGGGAACAGAUUGAACCUUCAACACACAGGAUGAUUCGCGUCACCAGCUCCAAUGUCACCAGGGAGACUGGGCUAUAUGUGAAGACUCGGGCACUUCCUGCUAUCGAUGAAUUCUUCCUCUUCAUGAUGCACCUUUCUUUGGGCCUCAAGCAGAAAGACCUGGCUCAUCGCUUCCAUGUCCAUCAGACUACGGUGAGCCACAUCAUAACCACUUGGGCGAACUUCCUCUAUUUUCUUUUAGGUUCCGUGCAAAUUUGGUUGCCGAAAGAGAGAGUACGAGCCUACCUGCCAGAGGAAUGUGAGAAUUUCCGAGACACCCAGGUUAUCCUGGACUGUACCGAGCUCCGCUGCCAAACGCCUUCAUCUCUGCUAUUACAGAGUGAGGUCUUUUCCAGCUACAAAUCUCACUGCACCUUCAAAGCUUUGAUAGGAAUGGCACCUCAUGGUGCAGUAACUUUUGUCUCUGGACUGUAUGCGGGGUCAAUCAGUGACCGGGAGCUGUUCAAGCAAUCAGGGAUCAUCGACGUCCUCACGCCUGACAUGGCCAUAAUGGUGGACAAGGGCUUCUUAAUUGAUAACCUGGUACCAUGCAAAAUCCACAGGCCUGCUUUUGUGACCAAGGGCACAGAAAUGUCUGCCGGAGAGGUGAGACACACUCAGUCUGUGGCCAGGCUCAGGGUGCAUGUUGAGCGCCUGAUCCGGCGGGUGAAGGAACAUAAGUUGUUUGACGCAGUCAUCCCCUUGUCCAUUUCUGGUAGCAUCAAUCAACUGUUUGCAGUGUCAUGUCUUCUCAUUAACUAUCAGAAUGGACCACUUGUCAAGGCAUGGGCCCAGUGAGUCUACACAGUGUCAUUCUUGUCUGUGUACUAAGUCUUUUAAAGUCUUUAUUUGGCACAUUGAAAUGUUGUAAAUAUACUGUUGUAAAUAUGUUUUGGAAACUGUCUAAUUUUCUUACUAUGAUGGCCUGUUUUUUUGCUUGCCUUUUGACUUACCACAUAUAGUUCGUACCAACAUUAUUUCAUUACUGAUACCUGAUAAUUAACAUUCUUCUUGACCAGUUGGUUCAUUAAAAAAAGAAUUUUACAAUCCAA